AUGAAUGAGGAGAUUCAAACGUUGCUCAUAUAUCAGAUAUGUGACUCCCUGAGGUUUCAGGCCAACAUGGAGGAUAUCAGUGUCGAUGACGUGAUGGAUGUUAUGCAGGAGAAUAUAAUGGUAGAAUGUCUGUUGGAUGGCGUUAUUAUGGACAAAGCUGAUGUCCAGAAGAUAGUGAUACAGUAUGUUACUGAUGGUGAACUGGGAGAAGAGGCAAUCGGUGACAAGAUGGAGUCUAUGUACAGUAACUCCCGAAAGAAGCUACUGAAAGAAAUAGACGACCUCGAUAAUACAAUAAGUACGAAUAGAAAGAAGGAUAAGCUAUUGAAUUUGUACAGAGACACAGUGCUUAAUAGGCUACAAAAUAAGAAGACUGUGCUGGACAAACUCUACCACGGAAUGAAAGAGGACUCUAGUGUGAUACGGAACAGGAUAUACCUUGAGCGGAUCAAGAAUGAGACACCAAAUAGCAUUGCUGAGCUGCAACUAAUGUUACAACGUAGCAUUGCGGAUUGUAUCAUGAGUGAGCCCAUUGGUAGUGAGAAGUAUAAUAUAGCGAAGGAAAUACAAAUAAAUCUUGAAGACACUAUAAGGUUUAUGAAGCGCGCUCUCGAGUAA